UCAGCCCCCAGCUGCACCUUCCAGGCCCCGGAACCUCGUGCUCGCUGCUCUGCCGCCCGCCCGGAUCCCUUUGGCAGGAGCACCGGGCGGACGGCGGCCGCGGCGGGAAGGGUUCGCCAUGCCCAAAUUGCCAAAAACCAAAGGAGGGAAGCAAGAGAAGAAAGCAGUCCAUCCUUACAGCAGGAAAGCUGCCCAGCUCGCGAGGGAAGCGCACAAAAAGGACAAGAAAGAAAAGUUAAAGACUGAGAAAGCUUUACGUCUGAGUAUUAUUGGAGAAAAACUGCAGUGGUUCCAGAGUCACCUUGACCCCAAUAAAACUGAAUACACAAAGAAGGAAGCAUGUGAACUAAUUGAAGAAUAUAUGGAACGAUUCAGUGCUGAGUUGGAGCAGAUUGAAUUAAGAAACAGUAUUAAAGGUAGACAGGGAAGACAGCAUGGAUCAAGAGAAGCUGUCAUCAAGCAGACCAUGGAACGUGAAAGACAGCUCUAUGAAGGCUAUGGGAUAGAAAUCCCAGACAUUGUGAACAGCAAGCACCUUAAAUUUUUCAGGGAGUGGGAUGGUGAUCUGAAGAAGCUGCCAAACAUCAAAAUGAGAAAGCUGUCAUUCAGGGAUGCUGUUUGCAUUCACACUGAGGUGUCAGACGCGGAAGCUGAAGAAGAACAGAAUAAAACAGAAGAUGUGGCAUCAUGAAGAUUCAGGAACGGCUGAAGGGAAUUGUAAGAAACUUAUUUCAGUUAUUGUGGAAUCAAGAAUAAAGCUAGCAUUUCUAAUUAUAUUUGCAAAGGGGUUGCAUCUGUUAUAAGCUUGCUGUGCACCUGUGCUAAAGAGUGAACAUGCAGCCAGCAUAUUAUUGGGUUAAAAUUUUUGAAUAUGAAUCAAAUUCAUAUUCAUUCUAUACCUUAAUGUCUCAUUCUAUACAUGCUCUUCAGGAUGCAGGUCUCUGAGUUAGCAAACAAAUUGUUUAUGUCAUGGCAAUCUGACUAGUUCAGUGCAUCUUCCCUGCUCAUUGAGCAGCCAGGAUUCAGAAACCCGUUGGAAAUAUUUUGCAGUGGGAGAUCUUUGCCUUUUCCUGGUAGUUGCAAGAAUAUUUGCAUCAUUUAGUCUAGCACUAAGCAGGUAUCCUGGUAAGCAGUGGGCCCAGCUGCUGACAGCUCUUAUACAUCUCUCAUGAAAGUGGUUGGGGUGCCUUUAGGUGAUACACUAUUUUAAUGUAGCUGUGAGAAACCACAGAAAGGUAAAAACAAACAAACAAAAAAACCCUUUUUGUCUAUAUAAUUUUUGUUUCGUUUCUGUACUUGAGAAGCCUGGAGAAGAAGGGGAACAAGAGAGAGAGUUGUCUCAUGUUACACUGAUGAGAUAGUUGAAUCUUUCCUAUCAGUUUCAUAAUCCUCCCAUGCCCGUGCUUUUAAAGUCGCCUAUUAGGGUUUUGUACAGGGAUGAGUUUCUUCUCUUAGGUUGAAAACAGGAUGAAUGCCCUCAGGAGAUCUGUGUUCAUACUCUUGUUUCUUAAAAAAGAAAGCAUUUGCUGCUAACAGCUGGAUUGAGGAAAUAUUCCUGUGAAGUUCUUUGUUCUUACGAAUUUGCUGUAGGGAAUACCUUGAAAUGCUGUUUAACUUGUAAGGUUUAUAAAUUCUAAUGUUAAAAUCCUCUGUUAUAAGCUUAUUAUAGUUGGUAGGGUUUUUUUCUGAUUAGGUUAUUUUAUGGAAGACUUCUUUUCACCAUUUCUCUCUUAACUGUGACCUGCAAAGCUGUCAUUGUUAAAACUCAAAUUUCUUUAAAUGUCAGGGCUCAAAUUAAACAUAAACAAAUUCAUACAAAAAGUAGUGCUUUAACAUAGGAGCCAGCUUGUAUGUAAGAACUUUGUGUUUUUUUUUCAAAGGAACUGUACUUUUUAAUUUGUUACACUAUAAUUUGCAGCAUACUUCCUUGGGGAGCUAAGAUUUCUCUGAGGAACUGGAUGAAUUCUAUUCACAUUUUUUCAAUAGCAGCAGAGCUGUUGUGUUCUGAUUCUAGAGCUCAUCAUAUUGAUGGUCUUGGCUGGGAAGAACUAGCUGGCUUUGGUUCCAGUGGCAAUUGGAUUUUGGUUCACAUACACUAAGCAAAUAGCCAUCAGCUGUUGAUUUAAGAAACGAAAGAGAAAAUAAUACCCUUCUCAGGGCUGGUUUCUAGUGGUGGAUUGACAGUUCUUUAGUGUCAGAAACACAUAUGACUGAAUUAAUGGAACUGCUCACCAUGGCUCUUCAGUCUGAUCUACAAUGAAAUUUCUGAGGGGAUGAGACUACAAACAUUUCUGGUGUGGAAAAACAAGCCUGCAGUUAAGCAGUUAGUCUGGCUUGUUACUGUAUUUUCACUUGUUUCCCCUCUACCAAAGCACAUGCUGAUCAUUUGUGGAAUGUCAGUAUGUGCAAUGGGAUGCUACAAGCCAAGAAGGCAGCACAGGCAAUAGAUACAAACCAUUUCCUAAGCCAUUCCUAGGUAGUUCAAGAAAUAUAUUUGAGAAUUACAUGAUGCAUGAUCUUUUUAUUUUUAUUUUUUACUUUAUUGGGGGAGCACUUCCAUGCAUCUCUGUAAUGACAGUGCCCUCUAUGAAGACAGAAUCUGGAAUCCAAAAAUGUUGGAUUCCAACUUAAAAAAAAAAAAAAAAAAGCCUAAUAGAUG